AUGGACAUCAUCCAGGACGACUUUUCCUCCCUCGACCUUCACGAACCACUAUCGCCAUCUCAUUCCGGCCAACUAAUCAAUAACGACAGAUUAGCCCGCAUCAUGGAAAUCCGACGCCUCGAAAGCCCAGAUAUCAACCCCCCAAGGUACCACGACCCAUCAACACCACCCUCCUCACCACCACAGCCAUCUUCCAUCUCAUCAUCCCCCGGAACACUCGGAUCACCACCCAGACCACCACAAUCCCCCCCUCAAUUCCCCCAAUUCUCCCUCUUCCCAGGUGAACUCCAAAACCUAAUCUGGGACCACGCCGCCCAGCUCCUCUCUUCCCCAACCUCGACCCCAGGAAUCCACUUCCUCCUCCAACCCCCCCUCUUAAGCCCCAACACGCCCCCUCUCAUCCGCCCGGCCCCCUUCCAGCUUUCUACUCCAUGGCUCACCAACGACCUCGACCUCAUCCCAACCAGAGACUCCUUCUGUCUCAACCUCGCAAACCUCCUCCUCACCUGCCGCGCCUCUCGCGCCGCCAUUCUCCGCAACAACGCCUCUUUCCCAUUCGCCCACAACAGAACUAUCCUAAGGUCUCUCUCCCAAAAGGGGUAUCCAAUGUUGUGCGCCCCAAAGUCGGUCGACUUGUCCCUCGACCUCCACCGAGAUUUGGUGUCACUGACCUCGGCCAAUGGCACCUGUGACGAAGUGAGGAGGAUGCUCGAUUUCACCGACGGUAACCACUUCAUGUUUUCGGCGGCGAGGAAAUUUGCGGUGAGGUAUGGGUUAGGCUGGGAACUGCCGACUCCGGGCCCGUUUCAGCACGACAGACGGUGUCCGACGGGGUGGAUGGGGAUGAGGGGGGGUGGGAGGCCGGGGUUUUGCUCGAGGUGUGUGGGGAGGUUGGUCGAGCGGUUCAGGAGGUUGGAGGAGGUUUGGGUUUUGGUUGAUUUGCCUGAGAAGGGGUGGAAAAGGGUUGAUGGCGGGUGGGGGAGGAAAAAGGAGUUUGAGGGGUGGGAUAGGCGGUGGUUUGCUGUUGAGGGGGUGGGCGUUGUGGGGGAGGAGGGGAAUGGGAAUGGGGGGGUAGUGGAGGAGGGGUUGGAGGUGCUGGAGAGGGUGAAGAGUAAUUUGAAAGAUCCGAGGUAUUAUCAUAUGCCGUGGGUGAGCGAGUUGAAGUUUGGGUUGUUGGGGUGGGAGAAGUCGACAUGAUGAGUGGUUGAAGGGAACUACAAAAGGUUACAUGGCCAUGCGAUACGAGAGUGUUGGUUGCAGUGGACUAUGAUCCGCCUUGCACAAGGUGUUGGACAUCAUAUGAAUAUCUUGAGCAAGGAAGACACCCGGGUAACAGAACACAUGGAUUGGAUAUCGAUCAUGUCUUUUGGCUAAAGUGGUAGGUUCAGUGCGAUGAAGCUUGGACAUCCAUGCUUGCAGAUCUUGGAGAGAACUGUGUCGAGAGUAGGUAGUGUACAUUUCGGUACGAAGCGGCAUACAUAGACAGUACAAGCAUACUCAAGUGAUAGUGAUUAUAGGGACAUGCAUGAGAGCCUCAUGGUUUAUGAAGAUAGGAUAGGCAAAGGCUCGUCGGCGCGACACUCCGACAAUUCCACCAACUUCACGAUGGCAUUGCUGGAGUUGACAAUGUUGGAGGCUCCCAUGACGUCUCGGGCCUGUCUCACAACCCAGGGGCAGCUUGUUUGAUCAGACCCGAUCGGCUCUAGCGCAUCGCCUGAGUGG